AUGGCUUUCACAACUCCUUCGUCAUGGUUUGCCGCCACUCUGGCGCUCUUCUCUUUCCUCUCCCUUCUCCUCCCCGCGAAUGCCUUGUACUUCUACGUUGAUGGCCGCCAAACAAAGUGCUUCUACGAGGACCUGCCCAAGGACACCCUGGUAGCAGGCAACUUCGCUACCUAUGUCGUCAACCCGCAAACCGGCGUGUACGCCAUCGACCACAACCUCCGCGUCAUGAUUACUGUCGACGAGACCUUUGACAACGACCACCGUGUCGUCUCCAAGCGCGAGCACCACUCUGGCCGCUUCACUUUCACCGCCGCCGACGCUGGCCAGCACAAGAUCUGCUUCACUGCUGACACCGAUGCCCAGACUAGCGGCUGGCUGUCCAGUGCUCAGGGCGCAGUCAAGGUGUCCCUUGACAUGGCCAUUGGCGAGACCAGCAAGAUCGAGACCGAGGACAAGGACAAGAUGAAGGAUAUUGUGCAGCGCGUGAAGGACCUGAACUCCCGUUUGCAUGACAUUCGGAGGGAGCAGGUGUACCAGCGGGAACGUGAGGCCGAGUUCCGUGACCAGUCCGAGACUACCAACUCUCGUGUUGUCCGCUGGACUCUGAUCCAGUUGGGUGUUCUGUCCGUUGCGUGCGCUUGGCAACUCUCACACCUGCGGUCGUUCUUCAUUAAGCAGAAGUUGACUUAG